AUGCUGGAGCACGUUCAACGCUUCACUCAAGCCGCGGGUACAUUAGAAUUGACUAUUCAGACAAUUGAAGAGAUUGAAGUGCUAAACGAUGGCGCACCACCUAUUGAAACACCACCUCCUCCAUUGCACUCUAUACGCGUUGGUUGGUACUGUCCUUCCUGCAAGCAGGAAUCCCAAUAUCAUCCCAUUUCGCAGUACACAUGGCAUCUUUCCUUCGUGAAAUUUGUUGAUCUCUUCAUCAAUUCAUCUUCCUGCUUUGCUCAUGCACCCAUUAUCAGUGGGGGCCCAGUUUGUCCGAUUAAAAAUCUUCACAUCUACUUUGCUGCAGGCACUAGGAAGGUAACUUUCCGUUACAAGCCGACAAUGGUGUUUGAUGUCAGCAUGCCACCCUUGUCUGUAUGGUCAUUCUUUCCUCUUUGCGACCCCUUUAUGGCACAAUCAUAUUCCAACAGUGUUAUCGAACGCCAUACAACUAACUUAUCAAAUAAAUCAAGAGCCGUUUCUGUUGAACCCGUUGAAAUGCCAGGCUUUCUGCUUAAAGAUGUCAAGGAGACUCUCAAAAAGUAUUAUGAAGUCGUAUUGCGGUUAAAGUCUCAUUUGGUAACUUUACGGGAUGAAACACGAUCUGAGGACUUAAUCCGUCUAUUGGAUGCAUUUGACCAGAGCUUGAGUUUUGAAUGUUCAGAGACAGGAGUCAAGUCCCGGGUGGAAAUACUCGCCUUCCUAUUUGAUAACCUUUCUACCAGUCAAUCGCCUUUGUCGGGAUUAAAGUCAACUGCUAAUGAACCGGAUGAUACUUAUUCUCUGGAGACAAGUCUUGGAGAAGAGAUUGACCCCGAUCGCACGCUUUCCUCUUACGAAUCCCUAGCUUCUUGGAUGAUUCAGUUGGCUGCAUUGUCUUUCGAGGAGAAAAUUUCGUUGAUAUAUGCGCUACUCUAUCUCAUCAGACGCUGGAUUUUCAACUUCGUUAAUGAAUGGAAUACACGUCUUUCCCGCUACAAUUUAACAGCGAAACUAAUUGAAAAAUCGACAUACAAGGAGCGCAAGGCUAAGUCUGCUCUUACCCCAACUGAUCCUCCCAGUGACCAGACACCAGGAUCAUUUCAAGAAAUAUCUCCCUCGCCUUCUAUCGCCGAUCUUAAUGUUGAAGAUACGGAUACUAGCGGCAAGAAUAUUAAAGUUGGUACAGUCAAGCGUAUCAUCACGGCCAUUCUGCCUGGAAGUAACGAGACAAAGUUGAAUCUCGAAUCCUGGCCUCUUGUUGAACAUCCACAGAUCCUUCCACCGAAUGGUCAAAGCCUCCUCCUACAAGCUAUUAAAAUUGAGUCAGUGAGCUCUCCACAUGUAGGCAAUGCUGAUAGCACACCAACUGUGUGCGCCAAAGAGGAGCUGGCUAAAAAGUUGAGUGAAAUCCAUAUUCUUGAAGUAAUGCCGGAUGUUUACGUGAUUGACCAGGAGAUAACCUCCAUUGUAGCGUAUGCGCUCGCGACGGAUAGUUAUGCCUCCAAAUUACAAGUACUUUCUGACUUCCAGGCUACGACCAGUAAAAAAUCUUCGAUUAAGUCGUCGGAAAUACAAAUUUCUGAAAUUGAAAUUAAGUCAUCAUCAGUGCAAUCGAGCUCAGUUUCUUGUAAACCAGGCAUGGGUGCUAUUUCAUUAGGGAAUGUGAUGGAUGAUGCGGAACCCUCUUCGAGUGUACCUGAUGAUACCAAGUCUCUUAAAGUUUCUUCUAUAGAUCCGCAUAUUGAAAUUCAAUUCGCAGAUGCCUCGACCAAUUUUUCUUGCCGAAUUUACUAUGCUGAAGAAUUUCAUCAACUACGAAAACUUAUGUUCCCCCAAGGGGAGGCUGGGUUCAUUCGAUCUCUUUCACGGUGUCACAACUGGGCUGCUAAGGGUGGGAAGUCCGGUUCCCUGUUUAUGAAGACUCAUGAUGAACGAUUCAUUGUUAAAGAAUUGUCGUCCAUUGAGCUGAAAACAUUCCACGAUAUAAAAGACCAGUAUUUCAACUAUCUAACAGCGGCUGUUAAUGACAUGCGACUAUCGCUGCUUGCUCGUAUUCUGGGCAUAUUCAAUGUUGAAUUCAAGAAUACUGCUAGCGGUGAGAAUCGAAGAUUAGAUGUAUUGGUUAUGGAAAAUCUCUUCCACAAUCGACCUGGAAUCUCUCAGAUUUACGAUCUGAAGGGAUGUUUUCGUGGUCGACUUGUCGACUUGUCAUCUAGCAACGUGCCAGUAUUGUUAGAUCUGAAUUUCCUAAACGAUACAACUGUCAAUCCAAUCUACGUUCGAUUACACUCCAAGAACGCACUCAUGCACUGUCUACAAUUGGAUACCCAGUUCCUCGCAGAUCUCUUUAUAAUGGAUUAUUCGCUUUUAGUCGGGGUUGACAGGGUAACAGGCCAAUUGGUGAUGGGUAUAAUAGACUACCUCCGAAAGUUCACGUUCGACAAACGCGUUGAGAUGAUAGUGAAACAAGCGAUAUCUAGUGUGCAGGGUCCUAUGCCUACUAUCAUUAUGCCAGUGGAUUAUCGAGACCGUUUGAUUGAGCAAAUGGAUCGAAAUUUCCAUCUUGUGCCGGAUCAGUGGUAUGACUCGCUUGCGGAUCACAAGGAAGGCACUGCGGCAGCAUCUGAAGUAACGUCUUUUCGAAGUAAACACACCACUUUUUAUUUCUUAUCUCUUAGCUCCACAAUGUCUGGAGAUGAGGUAGUCCCCCGCACCAAGGGAAACUUAACAGUAGCUCUUAUUUGCGACUGCUUCUACCCGAAUAUUGGCGGCGUAGAGAGUCACAUUUACCAGCUCGCCCAGUGCCUCCUCUCACGUGGACAUCGAGUUAUCGUCAUCACACACUCCUAUGGAACUAAAUGGCAACGACAGGGUGUACGAUACAUGGCCAAAGGAUUGAAGGUCUAUUACAUUCCCUACCGACCCUUCUACUGUCAAGCUGUUUUCAUUACCGUGUUUGGUGAGCUUUCUGUUGUACGCGAUAUUUUCAUUCGUGAAAGUGUGGAUAUUGUUCACGGUCACUCUGCGUUCUCCCCACUGGCACUGGAGUCCUUGUUACAUGCCAAAGCGAUGGGGUUAAGCGCGCUCUUUACAGAUCACUCAUUGUUCGGUUUCGCUGAUCUCUCAUCUAUACUGGCUAAUCGUGCUCUGCACAUGUUUCUCAAUGUUGUAGAUAACUUUAUUUGUGUUUCGAAUGUGGCGAAGGAGAAUACAGUUCUUCGUGGUCAUAUGGAACCAGAAAGAGUUUAUGUCAUUCCAAAUGCUAUCGAUUCUACUGCAUUUACACCGGAUCCUUCCUGUCGUGACCCCGAUAACAUUACCGUGGUCAUCAUUAGCAGGCUGGUGUAUAGGAAAGGUGCCGAUUUGAUGGCACUUAUAAUUCCACCAAUGUGCCAUACUUUCCCGAAUCUUCGCUUCAUUAUUGGUGGUGACGGACCAAUGCGACUAGCUUUGGAAGAAAUGCGGGAGAGACAUAAUCUGCAUUUCCGCGUAGAAAUGCUUGGCGCUUUACCUCAUCACAAAGUACGCGACGUUCUUGUUCGUGGUGAUAUCUUCCUCAACGUCUCUCUUACUGAGUCCUUUUGUAUUGCUAUUGUUGAAGCUGCAAGCUGUGGCCUCCUUGUUGUGAGCACAAAGGUCGGAGGAGUGCCGGAAGUUCUGCCUCAGCACAUGAUGAGAUUAGCUCCAGCUAGCGCCUCUGAAUUAGCUUCUACACUUGCUAAUGCUGUUGAAGAGAUUCGUCAACAGCGCCUUCAAUGGUCUCACGAAACCUCUCUGACUCGUUCUGUUUCGCAGGAAGCACUUCAUAAUCCAGACCACUUGUCUCAACGAGCAGUCAGCCAAUAUGAGAUCUCGGAAGUGACAAAGGUAAAACAGGAGAGAGUUGAAAAUACUACUGGUUUAAGUAUGGGAUAUCCUAGGAUCCAACGAACACUUCCACCGUCUUGGCCUCCUGCUUCUGCUGUGGAGAUUGCGUGGCAGCGUCAUCGGGAAAUCAGGCAGUUCUACACAUGGCAUGACGUUGCUCGUCGAACGGAGAUUGCAUAUCACGCUGCCAUGUCGAGACCUCGCAUUACUCCAUUGGAAGCAGCUAAAGCGGCGUAUCAAAAAUUAGGACCUGUUUGUGGAAAAAUCAUGGCAAUCGCAUGGAUUAUUGACUGGAUACUCCUGAUAAUUCUGGAAUGGCUUCGACCAGCAAAUACUAUUGAUCGUGUGCCGUAUUUUUCAACAACUCCGUCACAAUUCGAGAUGUGGAACAAAAUGGAAACGUCACCAUACGUGGAGACGACUACUCCAUCAUCUGGAAGUAGUAUUUCUCCGAAAAAAUACGCUCUUAAAAGAAGAACAGCUACUUCCACUAGAGACAAUAGUCCUGGUCGUAGUGUGAACAGAUCUCCACAUUCUUCUUAA